GCGUGAUGACGUUUCGUGUUCUGGCGGGUAUAUCGUGUGUGAAUUUACGAGCCGAAGGCAUGGACAAUUAGUCCGAAACAAGCAGAACUCAUUAUUAGCAUUAAUUGGUGAAAUAACCCAGUGUAGCGAGUUGUUGUCGCCGUGUGAGAGUGGAGCAGCGGCGGGGACAGCAUGUCCGCGGCGGGGACAUGGACUGGGACCAACUGGAGCUCAACCCCCGGAUCAUAGCGUCCGUUAGGAAAGUGAAACUGAAGUCUUUGAGGGAGGUGUUGUGUAUUUCUGGUCCAGACCUGCAGAGGCUCACCGGUCUGUCCCGCGUUGACGUCCAUCAGCUGCAGACCACUGUUGCCACGGCCUGCAGAAGCAGCCCCCCCACCCCAGCCGUCUUGCUGCAGGAUGGAGACUCUGGUCUAAGACUGAGUCUGGGGUGUCCCGUCCUGGACCAGCUGCUGCGGGGGGGUCUUCCUGUGGGGCGGGUCAGCGAGCUGUCUGGAGAGAGCGGCGCGGGGAAGACCCAGCUGGCCUUGCAGCUGUGUCUGUCAGUCCAGUACCCGGUCCAGCAGGGGGGCCUGGACUCAGGAGCGGUGUACGUGUGCACCGAGGACCCGUUCCCGGCGCGGCGCCUGCAGCAGCUGAUCCGGGGUCAGGCGUCUCUGCGCCAGGACGUGCCCGCGGCUCUGAUCCGGUGCUCUGGGGACCGCGUCUACGUGGAGCACGCCGCCGACCUGAAGUCCCUGCAGGCAUGUCUGUCCCGCCGCGUCCCCGUCCUCCUGGCUCGCCGCCACGUCCGUCUCCUGGUGGUGGACUCGGUGGCGGCGCUGUUCAGGGCUGAGUUCCAGGCUUCUGAUUGGCUGGAGAGGAGCAGACAGCUGAUCAGCUGCUCACAUAUACUUCACACGCUGAGCCGGGAGUACAACACAACUGUUGUCUGUGUCAACCAGGUGACGGAUGUAUUCAGCUCCGAUGACAGUUUGGGUCCUGUCUCCGGCGGCGUGUCCCCGGCUCUGGGGUUGGCCUGGGCCAAUCAGGUGAUGGUUCGGCUGAUGAUGCGGCGUCUCCAGCAAACGGUUGCCCGGGGCGACCAGAGCAGCACCCUCCGCAGGCUUGAGGUGGUGUUCGCUCCACAUCUGGCCCGGGACGGGCGAGAUGCUGCAGUCUGGAGGGAAGGCGUCCUCGGAGUGUGUGUAACGGAGACAGAUGUGUGUAACGGAGACAGAUGUGUCUGAGAUGGAGACAGAUGUGUCUGAGAUGGAGACAGAUGUGUCUGAGACGGAGACAGAUGUGUGUAACGGAGACAGAUGUGUCUGAGACGGAGACAGAUGUGUCUGAGACGGAGACAGAUGUGUGUAACGGAGACAGAUGUGUGUAAUGGAGACAGAUGUGUCUG